UGCAAAGCGCAUCGUACCGCGGACAUAUCGCAUCCGCACCGUAUUCGUAGCGUAUCCGUACUGUAUCGUGUCGUAUCCGUGUCGGUUGCAUCUGCAUGCUAGUGUGUGUGCGAGUGUGAGUGUGAGUGUGCCCGGGUGUGUGUGUGCGAUGGUCUUGGCUAUUUGAAGCGCAAAAGUGCAGUAUUUUCUGUUUUACUGUUUUACUGUUGGGUGAAUCAGUUCACUCACUCAUUAGAAUACCCAAGCGAUAACUACCAUAUUUUGGGGUUUUCCCAGCGAACCGAUCCAAUAAAAUGGCAACCCUGUAAACUCAUGCUCCCCCGCCUUGAAAAUCGGUUCAGUGGUUCGGUGACUUACGUGUGGGUGCAGUGCUUAAAUAAUACACGUAAAAUUUAAACAAAUAAAGGCCGUUAAAAGAUCGUAAACUCGAGAUCCAGCUAGUGCCGAAUUCAGUGCUGGCUAAAGUGAAACUUCUUUGUGCAAACAACAAAAACCGUUAAUUGCCAGCGCCAUUCUUUCAAAGUCUCCGAUUUAUAAAGAGUGUUUUCAGAGUUUUCAGUGCCUAUAUGGUUUUACUCAAAGUCUUUUGUUUAUCGUUUUACCCAUAUUGUUGUCAGUUUAUCAGUAUAUUGAUAAUUACCAGAGCUGAGGAGCUUUUGUUAAUUGAUCUAACUAGCCUUAGGCACUAAAGUUCCCAGCUUGCAAGGCCAAGACACAAAACCAAUCCCCUUUCACUUUAAACGGCACAGAACCCAAGGAUUAGAUCGCUUAUUCUUUUUCCACAAGUAACGAACAAUUAAAUGGCUCGGUGUUGUUGGUCGCAAAGUUUCCAUUGGCCGUUGUAGAGGCCCAAAAGCAAAAUAAACGGAACCCUUUCACUUUAAAAUCCACAGAACCCCAAAGAUCGAAAACGAGUUUCGCAAAAGAGCAAAGAGCCGAGCGGCCAUGCUUAUAUUCCAUAUCGAAUAACUGACUAGCCGACCAAUAAAGUGUUACUUGGCACAUCCAACAUCCAACAACCAACUUACAAUAUCCAGCAUCCAACUAGCUCCGUUGCAGUGGCCUAUAUUCAAAAUAGAUCAGAGAUCCACUCGAGGGGCAGGAGGAGAUGUGGAUGAGGUGGUGACGCGGAGCUGCGGAGGAGAUCGCCAUGUGAGAAGAGCAAAACUAGUUUCCCAUUUGCGCGCUUAUGCUAAGUAAUAAUAAUAAAUAAGCGCAGUAGUCUCUGGCUUGCCGUUCGAGAAGUGACCUAAAAAUACUGGUUUCGAGUGCGGUUUUUGGCGUGAGAACGUGCAGCACAGCGAAGGCACCACCACCACCACUACCACCAAUGGCCACCACAGCCGCCGGAUCAGCAGCCACCAUCACCACCACCACCAGCACGGUGGUGGUGAAGCGGCCAGGACCACCAGUGCCGCCCAGGCCCAAAACAGCUGCCCAGCUGGCCAAUGGAGCGGGAGCCCCUCCGAUCAUCCAGAAGAAGCCCACCUUCGUGAGCCAGCUGAGUGCAGUGGGUCGCACCUUGGUCUACAAGUCGCCAACGGUCAGUCUGCCCAAGAAACAGGCCCAGACACAGACGCCCACCACGGCGGUGCCAACUCCGCCGGUGAAGCCCCUGAAGCUGCGCAAGGCGCCGGAUGUGCCCACGGCUAAGCCCAGGGAUUCAAUGACCUCGGUGGUCACGGUCAACCGUCAUAACUCGAUAAGCGUGAUCGGGAGCACGCCCCAGACCACGCCCCGCAAGGACACACGCCUGAGCCUGGGUAAGGUGGACUUCGAGAGGGCGGGCCUCCAGCCGGCCAGUCAGCCACUUCCCAGACCCCGGAAAAUAGUCCAAGUGCCCGUGGCCACGCUGGAUGUGGAAGACAUCCCAGUGGUGGCGCCCAGCCCAUCCAACGGACUCUUCAGGAGAUCAAAGACCACCCUCGAUGGCUGCCCAAAGGAGGCGGCAUCCUCCCCGCACAACGGAGGAGGAUUCCUGUCCGGACGAACAGUGGAGAUCAAGAACAAUCUGAAGAAUGCCGCCGAGCGUCUGUUCUCGGAGAUAAUCAUCAACCAGAGCCAGAAGCAGGCAGCCACCGACACCACCAUCAUAACCAAGCACGAGGCCCUGAAGCAGGAGUCCGAUGUCCUGGCCAUCCAGUCCUCGGGCAACUGCAUGAGGAUCAACGUGAAUGGCGGCCAGACCAGCACCAUGAAGAGCUCGAUCAGCGUGGGCAACACGCCGCAAAAGAAGCAGGCCUUCCACGAGAUGCUCAUCUCGGAGCUGGCUGCCAUGCGGAACAAGUCCUGCUCCCUGGAGCAGCUGCCCACCGCCACAUCCCUCUCGCCCCCACCCAUCACUUCCACGCCCCAGAGCUUGGCAUCACGCCGGCGCUACAACUCCAUAGAUGAUGCCGAUACCGAGGACGUGGAUGCGGACAACGUGGAGGAUGCCGAUGGCGACGUCGACGAGGAGGACACCCUCACCUACGCGGUCAACAAAUCGCUGAAGGAGAACAUUGGCAAGGAGGGCUCGUCCUCGAGGAAGCGCUGCCCCUCGGGCUGCUCCACCGACUCCUCGCCGUACGGAACGGAGCGAUCCCAGCGCAUCCGCACCUCGGAUUGGAUCGAGGUGGGCGACAACGGCACGGCAGUCACUCUGACCAGCUGCCACAUCAGUCUGGAGGACUCGGGCAUGGAGGACGAGGAGCGGCUAGACGACAUGUCCUCGGGCGUGGGCGACAGCUGGGACAGCGUCAAGGAGGCCGAGAGCGAGAAGCGUUCCCGCAACGGAAAACGUGGAAACUCGGUCUGCGAGCUGCCCCCGCUGCCAAAAUCCCUCAUUGGCUUCAACAAGCUACUGUGCUCCGAUUCGGGACUCCUGAGUGACGUGGAAGGAAACAAUAACAGCAGCGAAACAAGCCGAAAACCAAACCACACUCAUGCCGGCGAGGUGCAGGAUGCCAAGGAGCAGGCCAGCGAUAGGUCACUGCCCUGCUCGCCGAACGGAAACACAUCCACACCAUCGAUUGCGGCCAAAUCCGAGGCCAAGUCCCCCAGCUUAUCCGCCAAAGGAAACCCCCAAGUGGUCGAGGCGGGCAGCACGCUGGAUGCCCAGAUUGCGACGCUGCGGAAGGAAAUGAACGGACUGCGUCAACUAGAUCUCUCGUUGUUGUCACAACUGUGGGUGCUUAACGAAUCGAUCCAAGAGUUCCGCGCCCUGAUCGAGGAUCAGGAGAACGAGGAUGAGGACGACGAGGUGGAGAAUGGCAACGAGUUGGACGAGGAGGGCAACAGCCGGGUCUCCUCGUCCAUCGAGUCGGUGCGCUUGGAGGGCGGUGCGGAUGCAGAUGCCAUGUCGAAGCAUCUGGGAACCAUACCAAAGGUCAUAACGACGCAGCCAAAGGUGCUGAGGGACUCACUGGCCACGGCCAGCAAGGACCAGAAGCCGGUGCCCAGGAUGCGGAGUGCCCCGCCACCACCACCUCCAGUCGUGCUGCAAUCCUCCUCCCUGGAGCGAAAGCCGCCGGCUCCGUCACGACCCACAUGAUGUUACCUCUCGGACUUCCUCGCCGGAGUCAGGAUGGUCAUGUGCAAGGCGAUCGUGAGCGAUGUGCCCGCCUCCGCCUCAUCCGCGUCUGCGACCCUUGGAGGCGGCGAUGGAGCUCCGCCGAGCUGUUUGGGCAAUCAGAGUGGCCUGUUGCCGGCAUAGUUUUAGUUGAUAUAUCCGAAAAUGAAGGUGUACGAGCGAUUACGAGCGAACUGAUCCAAAUUCUGGGUGCACUGGCAGCAGUACUCGAAGUGCCCCCAAAAAGAAUCCAGAUGCGAAGCCUAGAUUAUCUGCUGCUUACCUCAAUUAUAGGAAGACCCAACAUAAUAUGUAUAAUUGGUAGAAUUCGUAAGACCAGCCUCUGUGGUUAGCAGUCCUUUGUGAUCUUCAGUUGUAAGUUUAUUGUACAUUUUUCUCUUGUGGUUUGGGCUGAUGGGUUUCACCGAUAACAUUUGUUUUUGUUUAAUAGCCGUACUCGUUAAGCUUAGCUGUCGAAUGCUGUGUAUCCUGUGCAUUUGACCAGUAACAUUUGUAUAUAGCGAUUUUCCUGGCUAGCUGCUGAACAUUUUAUAAACCUAACGAAGAGCAUAAAGAAUAAAAAACUUGAAAGAA